GUGGCUUGACUGCAAGACGUCCCAGAGGAUCCAGUCGAUGCACCAAUACAAAAAUACCUUUCGAGUGGACGUAAACAUUAUAUCACAACAGUAACGAACGAAGGAAAGAGAAACCGAUAACUGGGUGCCAAGAAGAUAGCUGCUCCUCUUUUCCAAAAGGACGAGGCGCACAACAUCUUUGGAACAACUGCUGUUGCAUGCAGUCAUCUGCAGAGGUUACUGUAUGAAGCUUUUAAGGCCUUUUUGAAUGAUCAGCCACUCGAUGGGGAUUCACCGAGGAGCUCUCACCUGUGUCGCCUCCUGCCCUCCGCCCCGCCGCCUGCCCUCCCUCUUCUGCACCUCCUCCACACACAUCAUGAAACUGGUAUUAACUGAAUGGCAAUUGAUAUGGAUUUUUACUGAUUCCAGUAGACUGUGAAGCAACAAAAACACAAAAAGGGAGGAAAAGCCAUAUCUCAUUUUCACACGUCCUUCUUUAAACCAAAUAAACCUGCCUGUGGGGUGCUGUUCUAGGCUGCCUGCACAGGCCCUCCCUGAAAACAACACCUCUCUGGAAAACACGAGGAAUGUAUCGUACGCUUUGAGAGAUUCUUCUUCCUACCUGAUUACCUCGUUUGAGGACAUCGACGGCAGAGGGAGCUAUACUUUGAGGACCAGCUCUCACACCAGGCGCCACCAAGCCACCAGUGUGAGCAUACAGAUUCUUUUUUACAUAAAAAAAAUAUAUAUAUAUAUUGUUUUUCUCUGGAGCCUGAAGUGCUGUGCGUUUGGCUGUGUGCAUGCCGAAGAAGAAGAAAAUGGCUCCCCAGAACUCUGAGGCGGAUGCUAUGCAAGUGCAGGGGGUGAUGGUGGUCCCUACUGCUAAGAAAACCACCACAGACUCUGCUGCCACAGGGGAUAGAGGAGGAGGAGGUGUGGUGCUGGAGUCAUGCCAGGAGGAGUCGGUGAGCGAGGGGUCUAUAGACCGGAUCCCCCUGCAGCAGUGGGUGAUGCACGGAGCCGUCAUGUUCGGACGAGAGUUCUGCUACGCCAUGGAAACGGCCUUGGUUACGCCUGUACUGCUGCAAAUAGGUCUUCCAGAACAGUAUUACAGUCUGACGUGGUUCCUGAGCCCCAUUCUGGGUCUGAUCUUCACACCUCUGAUUGGCUCAGCCAGCGAUCGCUGCACCCUGAAAUGGGGCCGGCGACGCCCUUUCAUCCUGGCCCUGUGUGUGGGGGUGUUGUUUGGAGUAGCACUCUUCCUCAACGGGUCACUCAUAGGACUUGCCGUCGGCGACGUGCCAAAUAACCAGCCCAUAGGGAUUGUUCUGACGGUGCUCGGUGUAGUAGUGCUGGACUUCAGUGCAGACGCAACAGAGGGUCCCAUAAGGGCCUACCUACUAGAUGUGGCAGACACUGAAGAACAAGACAUGGCCCUCAACAUCCACGCCUUCUCCUCUGGUUGUGGGGGAGCAGUGGGCUACGCGCUAGGCGGUCUGGACUGGACCCACACAUUCCUGGGCUCAAUCUUCAAGUCCCAGGAGCAGAUCCUCUUCUUCUUUGCCGCCAUCUUGUUCACUAUCUCUGUGGCGCUGCAUCUGUUCAGCAUUGAAGAGCAGCGGUACAGCCCCCAGCAGGACCGGCUGGACGAGGAGGCCGACGCCGCUUCUUCCACGGCCCACAAGGACAACAGCUCCCCAGGGAAGCUUCAUGGCCACAACACCCCCCACAUGGAGCUCAUCGGAGAGGACGACAUCUACGACCCUUGUGAUCGUUACGACCGUUAUGAGUUCUACAGGGAUGGUGAUGGGGAAGAGGAUGGGCGCUCAUUGCACGACAUGGACAUGGACUUCCUGGAUGUAGAGAUGGUGAGGUCCAAGUCGGACUCAGUGCUGCAAAUGGCCGACGCCACACUGGAUCACCUGGACCACGACGCUCUGUCCCUGCUUCACAUCGAGCCCUCCAUCUUUGCUGACCGCCUGUCGUCCUACCACGGUUCUCCACCACGCCGCAGCAGCAGCACAGGCAGCCAGGACCUCCUCAAAACCUCCAAAAAGAUCUGCCGGCUGUCCCAGUUCCUGCAGGAGCAGGACCGCGACGGGGAAGAGGCGCUUCUCAACAACCAGCUCAAUGAGCAGAAGACGCCAAACGGCCGGGCGCAUGCCAACGGCUUGGGCCAGGGCGCCAACGGGCAUGCCCACAUGGUCAUGAAGAACUCGGCCAGCACAAACGCUUCCAUGCGGCACCGCCGACACAUCUUCUACCGCCAGCCGUCCUGCACCUUCUCCUACUACGGCCGCGUGGGCUCCCACCGCUACCGCUACCGGCGAGCCAACGCCGCGCUUCUCAUCAAGCCCUCGCGCAGCUUGAACGACAUCUACGAGGUGCAGCGGAGACAGAAGAGGAGACAGCAGAACCCCAGAGCGCGACACCAGUCAGGCAACACCAACUCCAGCGGGGACACAGAGAGUGAGGAGGGGGAGACGGAGACCACGGUCAGGCUGCUGUGGCUGUCCAUGCUGAAGAUGCCUCCAGAGCUGAUGAGGCUCUGUGUCUGUCAUCUCCUCACCUGGUUCUCCAUCAUCGCUGAGGCAGUCUUCUACACUGACUUCAUGGGCCAGGUCAUCUAUCACGGCAACCCCACGGCUGCCGCUAACUCCACGGAACUGCAGAACUACCACAAAGGAGUUCAGAUGGGCUGCUGGGGGCUGGUCAUCUAUGCCUUGACCGCUGCCUCCUGCUCAGCCUUACUGCAGAAGUACCUGGACAACUUUGACCUGAGCAUCAAGGUUAUCUACGUCCUGGGUACGCUGGGCUUCUCCAUCGGUACGGCCGUCAUGGCCAUCUUCCCCAACGUCUAUGUCUCCAUGGUGAUGAUCAGCAGCAUGGGCAUCAUCUCCAUGAGCAUCUCCUACUGCCCUUAUGCCCUACUGGGACAAUACCAUGAGAUGAAAGAGUACAUCCACCACAGCCCAGGGAACUCCAAGCGGGGCUUCGGCAUCGACUGUGCCAUCCUGUCAUGCCAGGUGUACAUCUCCCAGAUCCUAGUGGCAUCGGCACUGGGCGCGGCGGUGGACGCCACAGGUAGCGUGCGGGUCAUCCCUAUGGUGGCGUCCGGCGGCUCCUUCCUGGGUUUCCUCACCGCCUGGUUCCUGGUCAUCUACCCGAGCCACGGCGAUGCGGAGGCCAAGGGUGAGCAGAAAGCUUUAACAGGGCCCUCCUCUGAUAACAGCGGCACAGAGAAACCCAGUGUUCUAAAACUGACCAAGAAAGGCGCCGCCACCACUACGUGUAAAGUGGAGUGUGAAUCCACUCUGUGAUGGAGGGGGUUACUGUUACCAUAGCAAUGCAAACGACAUCAACAAAAAAAUAUAAAUAAAAACUGACAUUCCCUUUUCUGCCACGGAAGACUGUGCUGCAUGGCAUGGGCUUGACCGACCUGCUCUUUCUCUGAGACACAUGGGCCACGAUGUUUUAAAGUUUCAUUUUUACUUUUUUACUUUAAUAUGUGUCGCGGUCUCAGGACUGUGGUGUGGCGAGGAGAGGACAAUCAUCUCUCCCUCUCAGGGCCACCAGGAGCCGCCAUCAAGGUGGUCCGACUGGAUAGGACAGAUCAGGGGACAAUGGAUACACACGCGACCGACCGUCGUUCACACGCUGAACUGGGUUCUCUCGAAAAGACAUGCACUUCACUCUUGCACUUCCAUUCAUGGGUCAAGACAAAAAUAGUUUAAGAGAUAUUUUAUUCUUCUAGUAAGUGAAUCAUUUGAAAAUACUUAAAAUUGCUCUUCCUUUUGAUUGAACAUUUUAUUUAGUUUAUUUUACUAUAUAUAUUUUUGACAUGAUAUUGCAGAAGGACAUUGUAAUCACCAAAUGUGGCCAGGCCCGGUAUAAUUUACAGGGUUGAUGUUUUACUUUUUGGACUUUAAAGGUUUUUAGUGGCUUUAAGAGGAAACGGCACAGGUAUAAGGAGGAGAUUUCUUCUUUAGGAGAGCAUCUCCAAAGUGAGGAGCGAAAGAAGGCAUUGUUUGGUAAAUAGUUCUCUUAUUUAUUUUAUUUUAGCACAUACUAAGUUGUCACAUACUAAGACCAGUUACACUAUAUCUACACAUAGAUAUCUUUAUCCUCUUUAGUCAUUUAUACUAAGGAUCCUAUUUUCCACCUUUCAGUAUAAAUCCUUCGGAGAUCACGUCCUCAAGGGCAUUACCAUUGACGGAGAACAGAAACACUUUAAGAAAAUGCUCAAGAGAAAGAAUCUCAGUGCUGCGUUGGAGUUACGAAGGAGUGCAUACCAAACAAAGGAGAGAAGCUGAGGAGCGCUUUUCUGUCUCAGUGAGAAGAAACAGAUUUUGCGCUUAAUUUCCCUUACUACUACUACUUUUUCUUGUUUCAAAAGCAAUGUUAAUGGAUUGUGUCACUCGCUGCACAAUUUCAGCUGUUGUCCUUUUUUUGAGGAUGUUACUAAAACUAGCUAGAUGUUUGUCAAAUGUGGGAGUGCGGUUAGAUGGAGGGUUGGGGGAGGAGCCCCUAGGCAGAACUUAAACUGUGCAGGAAUUGAAGUUGGUUCUUUUCCUACCACAUAGGUCUUCUAUUUUCAGUUUCUAACUGAUUGAAAAUUAAGUAAUGGGUCUUAAAAGAAGAGUAAUAUCCUCUCACUUUUGUAGUCUGUUUACAUUUUAGAAACCUGGUUGCUGCAUGGUUUGGGCCAUGUGGCGAGUUGUGCUGUGCUCGGAAGCAGCCCUAGCUAAAUGCUAACCCGCCAUGUUGGCUCUGCAUGGCCUACAUACAGUGCAUUAGGAAAGUAUUCAGACCCCUUGAAUUUUUCCACAUUUUGUUACAUUACAGCUUUAUUCUAAAAUUGAUUCAAUUGAAUUUUUUUCCUUAUCAAUCUAAAUAAAAUAGCCCAUAAUGACAAAGCUGAAAACAGGUUUACACAUUUUUGAAAAUGUAUUAAAAAUAAAAAACAGAAAUACAUUAUUUACAUAAGUAUUCAGACCCUUUGCUAUGAAACUCAAAAUUGAGCUCCGGUGCAUCCUGUUUCCAUUGAUCAUCCUUGAGAUGUUUCUACAACUUGAUUGGAGUCCACCUGUGGUAAAUUCAAUUGAUUGGACAUAAGUGUGUGCCUUUCAAAUUGUCUAUAUAAGGUCCUACAGAUGACAGUGCAUGUCAGAGCAAAAACCAAGCCAUUAGGUUGAACGAAUUGUCCGUAGAGCUCCGAGACAGGAUUGUGUCGAGGCACUUAUCUGGGGAAGGGUACCAAAAUAUGUCUGCAGCAUUGAAGGUCCCCAAGAACACAGUGGCCUCCAUCACUCUUAAAAUGGAAGGAGUCUGUAACCACCAAGACUCUUCCCAGAGCUGGUCGCCCAGCCAAACUUAGCAAUUGGGGGAGAAGGGCAGUGACCCUAUGGUCAUUCUGACAGAGUUCCUCUGUGGAGAUGGGAGAACCUUCCAGAAGGACAACCAUCUCUGCAGCACUCCACCAAUCAGGCCUUUAUGGUAGAGUGGCCAGAUGGAAGCCACUCCUCACUAAAAGGCACAUGACAGCCUGCUUGGAGUUUGCUAAAAGGCACUUAAAGGAUUCUCAGCCCAUGAGAAACAAGAUUCUCUGGUCUGAUGAAACCAAGAUUGACUUCUUUGGCCUGAAUGCCAAAUCUCACGCCUGGUAGAAGCCUGGCACCAUCCCUACAGUGAAGAAUUAUGGUUGCAGCAUUAUGCUGUGGGGAUGUUUUUUAGAGGCAGGGACUGCGAGAAUAGUCAGGAUCGAGGGAAAGAUGAGCGGAGCAAAGUACAGCCAGAUCCUUGAUGAAAAUCUGCUCCAGAGCGCUCAGGACCUCAGACUGGGGCGAAGGUUCACCUUCCAACAGGACAACGACCCUAAGCACACAGCCAAGACAAUGCAGGAGUGGCUUUGGGACAAGUCUCUGAAUGUCCUUAAGUAGCCAGAGCCCGGACUUGAACCCGAUUGAACACCCCCGGAGAGACCUGAAAAUAGCUGUGCAGCAAAGCUUCCAAUCCAACCUGACAGAGCUUGAGAGGAUCUGUAGAGAAGAAUGGGAGAAACUCCCAAAAUACAGGUGUGCCAAGCUUGUAGCGUCAUACACAAGAAGAUUUGAGGCUGUAAUCGCUAUCAAAGGUGCUUCAACAAAGUACUGAGUAAAAGUUCUGAAUACUUAUGUAAACGUGAUAUUUCCAGGGGGGGUUUAUACAUUUGCAAAAAUGCUUUGUCAUUGUUGGGUAUUGUGUGUAGAUUGAUGAAUGUAACAACAAAAUGUAGAAAAAGUCAAGGGGUCAGAAUACUUUCCAAAUGCACUGUAUACAAUGAGCUGGAAUGGGGGCUCAGUUUCAUUCUUGUAUAGAAGACAUGGUGGGCUGAGGGUGGAAGCAAGUGGGGGAAGUAGAGCUCCACUGUAAUACUCAUUGAGGUUAAAUGUCCAGCUGGUGUGUCUGUUGCGUUGAGCUUAUAUGCUGGUUAUGGCUUUACAGGUCCACGUGUCUCUGCUGUGACAGGUCCCAGGAGGUUUAACCAGAGCCUUCUUAGGGCUCUCUAGAGCUGGGACGACCCAAAAACUAUCCAGGUUGGCUGUGUUUCUACAGGAAUACUUACCGUAUACGAGAUAUGGCUUCCUUCUACUACGUGUUUAUUAUAUUAGACAGUUAGAGUACAUCGCUCUGUCGUCUCUUGUUUAGGAUACAUGUUAAUCCAUAGAGGUAGAUUUGUGCAAGUGUAAUUGAACCUUUAUUAAUAAGUGUAAAACUGAAAAACAAUAAGCUGACAUCUUUUCAGUGUCGAGGAGAUUUAUACCAAACUUGAAGUGAAAACAAACGGAGCAUCAAGUUUUUUGACAAAUCUGUCAAUCGUUGCAAUAAUGUUUUCUGCCUCAGUAAGCAAGGGUGGAAGUGUUAAGAUUGGGGUCAGGUGAACUUUUAGACUGUCUGGGUGGAUGUAGCCUAUGUGUAUCAUAGUUAUAUGAAAAAGAAAAACAACAACCAUGUACUCGUAGCUAAAGAAGCAUAGUAUUGGUUUGGUUUUUAAGAGAACCACACCUUGUUGAAUAGUUGAAGUGCAACUUGAGUGUUUCUAAGAUACAAGGAAGUGUAUGAAAGUUUUCCUGAUCCUCUUGCCGUUGACUCUGGAAUGUUAAGAUAGUGGCCUACAUUGAAAGGCCUGCUGGGAGUUGGAGUUUCCUUGAUUCCAUCAGGUGACAAUGAAAAAGUAAUGAAUGUAAAAUCUUUGUUGUUUUGUGAUGGGUAGAGGGUCUGACAUUGCACAGAACUUGCACAUACAAAGUUUGAAGAAAAAAAAGAAUAAUCUUGCAAAAGAAAAAAAAAUCUAAACUGUGGAUAUUUAUUUUUAGAUAUUUUCUCGUUAAAUUGACACUUUCACUUUAUUUAAAGAUAUACAAAUAAAGAGAGACAUUUACAGUUGUAACAAAUGCAAGAGAGGCAUGUUACAGUAAUCAGAGGACUGGAAUGUGUUUGAAACACAUGAGUGUGUGCGAAUGAGUGUGUGUGUGCGUGUUAGAUUUCAAUCUCACCUCAGUUUUUCCUGUUCCUACGUCUCCACAAUCAUCUGGUUUACAAUUCACUUUACUUUCAAAGCUUGAGGUCGCGCUGCAUUACCAACAUUUAAUUGUACAUAUUUUUACACAGAAAUAUCUUUGAAUACGUAUAGGCCUAGUUCUUAAGAUCAAUUUCCCUGUUGUUGCUUUUGAUUGGAAAAUGCUAUUAUUCAUCUCUCAUUAUGUUAAAGAUACCUUUUAUAAGAUCAUCUGAUUUUAGGACAAUGUGAGUUGCAUAUACGUAUUUUUUUCUGUUAAUGAAAUUAAUCAUGGAUGUUACUUUAGAUUUAGUAAUGGGGAAAACAGAGUAUUUGCAGUGUACUAUAUACCUUGUCAUGAAAGUUGUAAAUAUUAUUUUAGUUUAUUUUGCUGCUAUAAAAAAGCUGAUUAUUUGUAUUAGUUUUUUUCUUAAGUACUAUAUACGUUGUGUAAAUAUGCUUGAGCCUUCAUAUGUAGAAGUAUGGAAGAACACUGUAUUGAAUGCACCUUUAAAAAAACUCUUAAUAACCAAA